UUUGGAAGAAAUGCCGUUGGCGGGCUUCAUGGAGAUGUGUAUCGGGUUACGAGCUUGAAAGAUGACGGAUGUGGCUCACUUCGAGAAGGUUGCCGUAGAGCCAAACCACUCUGGAUAAUCUUUGCGGUUUCGGGGACAAUUCGCCUCUCGUCACCUCUGAGGGUAUCAUCUUAUAAGACGAUCGAUGGCCGAGGCCAGAAGAUUAAGCUGACGGGGAAAGGCUUGCAGCUGAGAGAGUGUGAGCAUGUCAUUAUUUGCAACCUGCAGUUUGAAGGGGGUACGGGACCUGAUGCUGAUGCAAUCCAGAUAAAACCAAAGUCCAGGCAUAUUUGGAUAGACCGUUGCAGUUUGAGUAACUUCAGCGAUGGUUUGAUUGACAUCACACGCGAAAGUACGGAUAUCACAGUUUCAAGAUGCCGCCUUUCCAAUCAUGAUAAAGCAAUGCUUAUCGGAGCUGGUUGCAAUGACUGCAACGACAGAUGCAUUCGUGUUACAAUUCAUCAUUGCUUUUUUAAUGGCACGCGGCAGCGACAUCCUCGUGUUAGAUUUGGCAAAGUUCACCUUUACAACAACUACACCAGAAAUUGGGGCAUAUACGCAGUUUGUGCGAGUGUUGAAUCACAGAUUGUCUCACAGUGCAAUAUAUACGAAGCUGGGCAGAAGAAGGUUGUGUUUAAAUAUCUGACAGAAAAGGCAGCAGAUAGAGACCAUGGCAGCAGUGGAUUUGUGAAGUCGGAAGGUGACCUAUUCCUGAAUGGUGCUCAACCUUGUCCUGCGAAUGGCUCCGGUGGAGAACGCGUCUUCAAGGUCCAGGAUCACUACCCAAAAUGGACUAUGGAGCGUGCAUCUGUUGCUCUCAAAGAAGCUCUCCAGGUGUGCACUGGAUGGCAGGCUGUCCCGAUACCUGCGGACAAAUCUGGUGCUAUCAGAGGUGCUGCCGCUACUUGAAAAAAAAAAGUUAUUUAGAUUUAUAAAUCCAUGUUGUGUCAUCUCUUGGCACUUACAAUAAAGAUAC